CAGCAGCAAAGGCCUUCGAAAUCUGAACAGGAUCACAAGGUGCAAAGCGUCUCUUCUGGCUUUCUUGCCACCAGCUUCACAAGGCGGCGUUGCUGUAAGUCUGCCGUCAUUUCCUAGCCCCCUGCUGCCUCUGUCGGCGCUCAAGUAGUCGCAGGAGUAUGCCCUGCUAUCCGCUCAGUGCCAGAACAAACAGGAGCGGUUGACAAUUUCUCAACGUUGAUUAUUGAAAUAGGAUCCCGAUCGUGGACGACUUUCUGCAGAUAUUGGUUGGGAGGGGCAGGAUCACCAAGCUGCUCUUCUCAGUUCAACUUUGAUUGCUGAUAAAAGUUGGCCUAGAACAAGAUACCACAUUUGAUUAGUGGGAAGGUUUGCGCAAUGUCAGGCGGUUGGGUGGCCGAGCAGGCCAACCGGCCGCGAGUGGUCUAUGAGGAGCGUACCACAGAUGUGAGGGGAAGAGCCAGAAAGAAGGCAGAGCUGAAGAAACUAGAUGCAGAACUAAGAAAUCUGAAGGAUGAGUUGGACCACCUCUCGCAAUUACCGCCCGCCACCGAUGCCUGCAAACAGCUUCUCACCCAUUUCCACACGUACCCAGAUCCCUUCCUCGACAGUUUCGACUUUGAAUCCAAGCCCAACCGGUGGGUGGCGGCGCCCAAACGAGGCGUCAUCAAAAAGGCGACUAUGUGUGGCUGCGGAGGGUAGUAACCUCGUGCAAGGACCCAGAGUGAGGUUUUGUCACCACUAGAGCUGCCAAUGAGCCCAGUCGAGGUCUGGUAUCGUGUGCUUAGACUUCCAAUUUCCAGAGCAAGCCGGCCGAGUAUAUUGUCUUGGUUUAUGAAAAAAAGAAUUCAUACUACAAAAGUUGCAUCAUGUCGUUCGAGUGUCUGACGAAUCCAAUAGACCCGCUGGCACUAGAGCCUGAAGUUGGGUACUAACUUCUGAAAGCAUGCCUGCCAGCACUUCUUGUUGACGCAAUUUGCGGUGUGCCGAAGUCAGUGUAUUACAGGGCCUGAAAAACACACAGCGCGCCGGC